CCUCUCCCCUUUGCUCUUAGCCAUCGCGUGUGGUUUCUCUCUCUCGCGCUCUCUCCCCGUCACUCCUUCUACGGUACGCUGCGCGCUCCUACCCGUUGUGGUUUUUCCGCCGUCUCUUUGCCCGUCCGGUCGAUUCUGACAAGGUGUUUUGGAUCCGAUCUAGCUUUUCCGGCAGGUUUCCGAUGAAAGGAGGCAGAUCGAAGGCGGAUACGGCCAAAAAGGCCGACAACAAGUUAGGGACGAAGAGGAAGGCGCCCGCUAGCGACAGGAUCAGUAAGAAACCGGCAAAGAAAGGGAAGGACCCGAACAAACCGAAGAGGCCUCCCAGUGCCUUUUUCGUUUUCAUGGAGGAGUUCAGGAAGCAGUUCAAGGAGAAGAAUCCUAACAACAAGUCCGUCGCCGCUGUCGGAAAGGCUGCCGGUGAUAAGUGGAAAGCGAUGUCUGAAGCUGAGAAGGCACCUUAUGUGUCCAAGGCGGCCAAGAGGAAGACCGAAUAUGAGAAGACUUUGGCAGCGUACAACAAGAAACAGCAGUCCGGUGGUUCCGACGAUCAUGAAGAGGAAGAAUCUGACAAGUCGAAGUCCGAGGUCAAUGAUGAGGACGAGGAGAGCGAGGAGGAGGAAGACGAUGACUGAGAGCCGAAGAGAAGAAUGGAAACAUCACGCGAAAUUGGUGAUGAUAAGUGAUGCUGUGGUUUGACUUGUGGGAAUUGAUCCAAUCGGAACGAAAUUCUCCAAACUGUUUAGUUUUUCCUUUGCUCUCCUUUCUUCGGCACGUUGCCGCUGCUGUUGGUUUCUGAUUUUAGGCGAUGAAUACGAUCCUUUGCCUGCCGUCCUCUUCUGUCAUCUCUAUACUGAUCGCCUGACAUCCUUCUAGUUCCCUAUUCUGUAAUUAGCAAAUUUUAAUUCAAGUUGAAAAUUUAGCUUCAA